AUGUCACAGAUCCGAAAUGCAUUGUGUAACUUUCCAUCUUUGAGAAGUUGCACCUUUUUCAAUAAAUUUAUUUUGGACUGUGUGACAAUAACAUGGAGUCUUGUGGUUGGAUUGAAUGGAAAGCCGCCAAGGAUGUAUAUCGAAUAUCAGGGUCGACAGUUCGAUGCCAACAGACAUCAGCGACAUAUCGUCUCCUCCAACAUUCGAAGCAGUACAGUUCGACAAUACCUGUGGCCUGCCAUUGUUGACAGAAGCACCGGUACGUGUGUGCACAAAGCUGUUGUAAUCACUUAG